AUGGUGACAGAGCUGAGGUUUGAUUGGUUUGGUGUCCCACAGGCCAUCUCAAGGACGAGGGUCUUCGAUGAGGAAGAAGAUGAUGUGAAACAGGCUGAGGCAGCAAAGGCUGUGGACAGUAUUCCAGCAUAUGUGGAGAGAUGCAAUUUGUUCGUGAUCCUGGCGCCAGAACUCUUUCAUCGGGACACUGGAAUGAUUUGCAAUUCCACGUCUUGGCAGCUGAGGGGAUGGUGUAUUUCUGAGCUGCUGUGCCAACAAUUGUCCAACAAGCCUGACACCACGAUCAUUACCCUUCAUUCUGCAAGGCAUGCCGAACUGAACUCCUGGCAGAUUGAUUGGGAUGCGGUUUCACAAAGCCACUUCACAGAAGAUCGGCUGAUGGUUUCAGAGCUGGUCCGGAAGUCCGUUGCGAUGAAGAUUCAGCAUGAGAGCCAGACCGGCUCGUUGGCAUAUUUCCGCUAUUUGGUCACCGGGCAAUUCAAACUGGCCAGGAGCAGCGGUGAACUUAGCCAGAGGCAGCUUUCGGACCUGAAUGAAGAGCCAAGAAAGGAGCACCAACUCCAUGCGGUCAUCCUGGACUUCCAGCGAGAGACGAGCUCCAUGCCUGGCUUGCUUUGUGCCGUCCUUUCGGGUGAUGUGCAGAUGAUUCGGACCUUGGUCGAAAGCAUGGCGGAUGUGAACCUCAGGUGUUACAACCUGGAGAAGAUUUGCCGACAGCCCAGUGGCCACACACCGCUGAUGAUUGCAGCCAGGUGGAAGCAAGAUCCAGCGGUGCUGCAAACGCUCAUUGAGCUGCGAGCAGAUUUGACGGCCGGCAGCCGCUUUGGGUCGCAGGUGGCUCAUUGGGUUCAAUUGCCCGGGCAAGUGCAGGUCCUGGCCGCUGCGAAGGAUUUGGAAAGCAUGGGCUGCUUCCGACACCCUCCACUCGUCAGUGUCGCUUGCUGGGCCGGCCCAGACACCGUGGCGGAGAUGAUCGCCAAGCGGUCGGACUUUGGAUCCUUGUCUGCGGCCACCAAACUCUUCGGAAGCCUGGAGGGAAUCACACCUUUGGGAGCUGACAGAUCUAUUGCCAAUGCUCGAGGGGAUCUGCCAGUGAUGUUAGCAUCUGCUCAGGGGCACCAGGCCGUCGUCGACGAGCUCAUGAGCUUUUGA